CUGGGGAGUCUUGGGUCAGUGUGUGAGAGUUCUGCAAGUAAUAGGGAGUCCUGUCUGGAUUUACUGGACUACUGACGGCUCUUACUUGCCCCAGUGAGGGGGGGUUGUGCCGCUCUGCAACUGUCAGGUCCCAAGUGUCAGCAGCUGUCACCGUCCUGCAGUCCCCUAGUGAUGGAGCAGAAGUCUUGCGCCGGACCCACAGCAUUCCAUGAUCCACAGCAUUCCAUGACUCCAUGAGUAUUGUGUGAGCAGGACAGGGACCUUUAUGUCUGUCGUUUCAGAGACAAUCUGAAUGUUGAGAGCCAAUCUGUCUCUGUGCUGUGCCCUCUUAAGUUCAGGGCCAUGCACCCACCCCGACUUUUAGAACUUGUUUGGAUACUUUGCAAAGGGCGUACUCUUCCAUGAACUUGUUGCCAGCUGCCCCUUUACAUGUAUCAUGGAAUAUUGUGCGAGACUGGGACUGGUGCCUCUGUGUUAGUUGUAGUAUAUUGUGCUGCUACUCCAAACUCCUAAGUACCUGCAGCUGUCUGUGCCGCCGUCUUAGUCCCCCACUUAAGCAGCACUCAGUCUGAUUCUCUGUUACUGGAUUACGAGACACCCAGCUGCCCUUCCACUGUGUCCUGUUACUGGGAAAAUCUAAACCGAUCACCCUCUUAACUACCCCAUGCUCUGGAUUACUCCGCUGCCAGCUACCCUUGCAAGUGGCAGUUUCUGGGGGUAGUAGGCACUUGUUCUGCUUCAGUAUACUCGCUGCAAUACUCUGCAUCCAGCUGUCAUUCCCAGUGUGUCUGGUGAGGGAACAUUGUGCACCAAGCCACCCCUCUUUCCAUUCCUAGACGCUUAUCGGGGGCGCCUGCAAGGCCAGGCAUCUGCAACCCUGUUACCGGUGUGCUGGAAUUCUGUCCUGGGUCCCUUACCUGUUCUUGACACUGGGAGUUAAUGUGGAUACCUGAAAGAGUAGCGUGCUACUAUCUUCUCCUUUGUGCUGCCUUCCAUAGGGAGUGUGGGAUUGUUAGGGAGACUUGCACUGUGCUGCUUCAUGUGGGAGAAAGUUACAGGAACAAAUAAGAGAGCACAUUUACUAGAGCUUCCGGCACUAAUCUCUGCCAUCAGGCACAAAAAGGGAAUAUAUUUCCUUACAGCUGCACCUAUUCAAGAUGUUUUUUAUUUUAAUGCCAUGCAGAACUCCCAAUUAACUCUUCUCGGUGCAGAGAUUCCCUGCCUUGCAGCCGUAACCAUCACAUCCCUGCCUGGAAACUUUUACCCUCAUCUUGUACCGUUUGUGCUCAUCCUGUAUAUCAAAGGCUGGGGAAUAAAUGCCUUUAUCCUGGUUUUAAAAGAUGGAAGGAAAAAUAUAAUCAAAAGUUUAGUUUUUGCGCUUGAGUCUUCCAGACUUCGACAAGGUUUGGGUUUUUAAUAUCCUUUUGGUUGGCGGGAAAGCAGAUCUGUGAUGGUGAAGGUUCCCAUUGUUGGUCUGAGUUAGCGGGAAGCUGGUGUAAUGCCCAGACCAAGAAAGAUUAUCUGCUAUGGAUGUGACUUUGAAGGCUGAGAGGACACUGUUUGCCUAGGACCUCAUGGGAGAUUGCGACAGGCUCUUCUGCUGUAUUAUUACACUGUUCCAAGAAUGCAAUAAGCAUCAGGAUCAUUUUGCCCCAAAGGAUCAGGAAACUAAAGGACAUCAGGGGAAGGAGAGUGAUCUUUUUGGGUGGUUGUAACUGAAGAUUGCUUUGCUGAAGCAACUACUUGUAUAAGGGCUUUGAGUCAUGAUGCAAGAAUCUGGGACGGAGACAAAAAGUAACGAUUCAGUUAUUCAGAAUGGAGCGGGCCCCGAUAACCACCUACUAGAGUGCACGUUGCGGGAAUCCAGGUCCAACGGGGAAACACCUCUUGAAGUCGGGGCGGUGGAACUUGCACAUCUCCAACAGCAACAGGCUCUUCAGGCUGCCCGACAAUUAUUAAUAAACCAGCAACCAUUUAGUGGAAUAAAGGCCAACAAGAGGAAUGACAAACACCCAUCCCUACAGGUUCCCGUCUCAGUGGCUAUGAUGACACCUCAAGUGAUCACUCCGCAGCAAAUGCAACAAAUCCUUCAGCAGCAAGUGCUCACACCCCAGCAACUGCAGGUCCUGCUCCAGCAACAGCAGGCACUAAUGCUACAGCAGCAGCAGCUUCAGGAGUUCUAUAAGAAACAGCAGGAACAGUUGCAGCUUCAGCUGUUACAGCAACAACAUGCAGGAAAGCAGCCGAAAGAGCAACAGCAGCAGCAGCAAGUGGCUACUCAACAGUUGGCCUUCCAGCAGCAACUUCUUCAGAUGCAGCAACUGCAGCAGCAGCACCUCCUUACUUUACAGAGACAAGGCCUCCUGUCAAUACAGCCUGGACAACCCACCCUUCCUCUGCAAUCUCUUGCUCAAGGCAUGAUUCCAGCUGAACUGCAGCAGCUUUGGAAAGAAGUGACAGGCUCGCACACGGCUGACGAUGUGGUUUGCAACAACCACAGCACCUUGGACCUGUCCACAACCUGCGUCUCCUCCACGGCACAGCCGAAAACGUCCUUGCUUUUGAACUCGCAAGCUUCAACCAAUGGGCAGGCCUCAGUUCUUACUCUUAAAAGAGAGAGCUCAUCCCACGAGGAAUACACGCACAACCAUCCUUUAUAUGGACACGGCGUGUGCAAGUGGCCGGGCUGCGAAACUAUAUGUGAAGAUUUCCCAUCAUUUCUAAAACAUCUCAACAGCGAGCAUGCACUGGAUGACAGGAGUACGGCCCAAUGUCGGGUUCAGAUGCAAGUUGUGCAGCAAUUAGAGUUACAGCUGUCAAAAGACAAGGAACGUCUUCAAGCCAUGAUGUCACAUUUACAUGUGAAGUCCACAGAACCCAAAGCAAGUCCCCAACCUCAGUUGUGCACUACAUUUGGGAGGGAGAAUGGAUGGAUCUGUUAUAGCCAACAGCUGGAGGAAGGAAUCACUGGCAUACUUAAAGGGCUGAACUUAGUAUCGAGUGCCACACUUUCAAAGACGGCAUCAGAAGCGUCUCCACAAAGCUUACCUCAUACUCCCACCACCCCAACUGCACCACUCACUCCUAUCACCCAAGGACCUUCUGUCAUCACUACCACCAGCAUCCACAAUGUGGGACCCAUACGGAGGCGGUACUCUGACAAAUACAACAUCCCCAUCUCUUCCGAUCCGAUGAUCUCUGUUGACUUUCUGUCGUUGCCAGACUUUGCACAGAACCAAGAGUUUUACAAAAAUGCAGAAGUUAGACCACCCUUCACAUACGCAUCUUUAAUUAGGCAGGGAAUCCUUGAGUCUCCAGAAAAGCAACUAACACUAAACGAAAUCUACAACUGGUUCACACGGCAGUUUGCCUACUUCCGACGCAACGCAGCAACAUGGAAGAAUGCAGUGCGCCAUAAUCUUAGUCUACACAAGUGUUUUGUGCGAGUAGAAAACGUAAAAGGGGCAGUAUGGACAGUGGAUGAAAUGGAAUUCCAAAAAAGGAGACCACAGAAGAUCAGUGGUAGCCCCACGCUUAUUAAAAAUAUUCAGACAAGUCACGCCUACUGCUCACCUCUCAGUGCCGCGUUGCAGGCUUCAAUGGCAGAGAACAGUUUACCUCUAUACACUACUGCAUCCAUGGGAAAUCCUGCUCUGAACAGCUUAGCAAAUGCAAUAAGAGAAGACUUAAAUGGAGUCAUGGAGCACACGAGUAGUAAUGGAAGCGACAGCAGCCCGGGACGUUCCCCUAUGCAAGGAAUGCACCAAGUGCAUGUUAAGGAAGAACCACUGGAUCACGAUGAUAAUGACGGUCCACUAUCGUUAGUGACAACAGCAAACCACAGUCCUGAUUUUGACCGUGACAGAGAUUAUGAGGAUGAGCCUGUAAAUGACGACAUGGAGUAAAACUGUCUCAUAUCACCGUCCUGAAAAAGGAAGACAGUCCAAGGCUGUUGGAGCUCUCCCCCCUUAUUGUACAUUCUGGAGAACCUACAGCCGUUCAAACGACUCUGCUGUGUUAACUCUUAGUGCCAUCAAGUAUCCCAUUUGGGAGUAUUUUUGAUUUUUCUACUUUUUUUGUUGAAAAAAAAAAAAAAAAGGAAUUUGUACUCAGUGCAUUGGAUGGACUUGUUUGGUACUCGGAAUUUCCCCUCUCUUACGGUCGACAUCAGUGUUGUAAAUUUGCAAAACUGAUUUCCCGUAUUCACACGCAGCGGACAUUGGACUGCAGUUCUGCCAAAUCCCGGACAUUGAGGACAUCGACAUAAAGCAUGUGUGUCUAAAACUGCAGGUCAUCCCUCUGCCCAGGUUUUAAGGUUUCCAAUGGACAACGUAUUUGCACAGUACUGCAUGUAAUAUUGAUUAUCACUGCCUUUCAAUCAAUUCCUUUGCUUCCAUUUGGGAUGGGGAUGACAUUUUAUAUGUGUCUGGGACAGAGAAAGAGGCAGAGUAGUUAUCCCAAACUUCUUAAUGUAUUGCUUUUGUUUAUAUUGUACUACAACAAUUUAAGUUCUGACCUCAGGCCUCUGCUUCAGGCCCAAGGCCUCUCCCGAGGCGCAAUGUUUUCUGUACUUUGUGAUGAAUGUUACUGGGUGGUUUUUUUUUUUAUUAUAUGAAGCCGAAUGUCAUUCACUUGUUUGUAGUUUUAAUGUCAUUCAUUCCACUU